AUGACCGAAAUCGCUGUUGAGCGACUUAAUGAAGAAAGAAAGGCGUGGAGAAAAAGCCAUCCAUAUGGCUUUGUUGCGCGUCCAACAAAGAAUCAAGACGGAACUUUGAAUUUUAUGAUGUGGGAAUGCGCAGUACCAGGAAAAGCUGGGACACCAUGGGAAAAAGGGCUGUACAAAUUAGAAAUGGUUUCCGAUAAAGACUACCCGAUAACUCCACCACAGUGCAUUUUUAAUCCAGUCAUUUUUCAUCCCAACAUUUUUCCAUCUGGUUCGGUAUAUUUGCCUCUAAUCAGGGACAAAUGGGUCAACACAACCACAAUCAAAGACAUUUUGAUUGCCAUUCAAGACCUUUUGAAUGAUCCCGACAUUGAUAUUGCAGCUCAGGCCGCUGCAUAUACUAUUUAUUGUUUAAACCGCGAACAAUAUAAUGCACAAAUUGAACUUCAAGCUGACGUAUUAAAUGCAAUCGAUUACAAUGAAAUUGCAGUUGGAAUAAACGAGACACAUGAUUCAAAAGCAAAAGGUGCAAUUGAUGUCAAUGAAGUUCAAGGGAACGAAGAGUCCGAUUCGAAUACACAAGAUGCAUUAGGUAAUCAAAUCUCAAGUGCUAAACAACACUUGGAGUUGUUGGAUGUCGUCGAUGACCUUGAAAGGGGAGCGAUUGGUGGCCGUGACGAAGAGAAUAAUCUGGUCGAAUUGCAAAGUCAAUUAUUAAGUACAUCGCAACACUUAAAAUUGUUGGCAGGUAUUGAAUUGGUCAAACCGAAAAACAAUAUUUCAUCAUUCGAAUGGGCCGAUUUGGCAAUUUCAAACGGAACCGAACGUGCUCUUAUUGCAAACAAAAUGAAUCGGCCAUCAGAAUGCCAAGUUCACGUGUUGACUGUUCUUUUCCAAAAAAAGGUUAAUGUGGUCUUACAAUGGCCGAGUGGUACAGGAAAAACCGUUGCAAUGAUCUUGGCGGCAAUCGAAAGCCUUAACGCAGAGCAUGCAACUGAACCACAGGUGUUGUGCUUCUGUGCAACGGCAGAAUCAGUUUUUUAUACAGCUGAAAAACUUGCUGCUUUAUCGCGACAUUUGAAUUUCACAUUUGGAAAAAUUACACGUCAAUUUCAGUCAGAAAAUCUGCAAAAAUGUCAAAUUAUUAUCGGCACUACUCUCGAAUUGCGCAAAAGAAUUAAAGAUAUGGCAUUACCGUGCCUAAAAUUAAUUUGUUUCGAUGACGCAGAUGUAACAUUGGCACAUUCUGACCUGACAGAUGGAAUUUUUCAAAAGACGCAAAUUGCGUGUUUCUCCACAGUCUUAUGUGUGUCUGUACAUGGAAAGGUUCCGAGUCCAGUGGUAGUUUUCAACACACCAUAUCGAGACAUUUUGAACAAAACGCCAGUUCAACAUUUUUACUUGCAAAUUGAAGAUGACAACAAGCUUUGUUACUUAGAAAGUAUAAUAGCUUCAAUGAUUGAAGAUAGAUUGGUUGUAUUUUGUCAGAAAAAAGCAACCGUAUUGUGGCUCCAAAGAAAAUUACGACAUAUGAUUGCCGCAGUCACGGGAGACAUGGCACUGCAAACCAGACAAAAUGAAUUAAACUUGUUCCUGAAGGGUGAAAAAAAUGUUUUGGUGACAACCAAUUUAUGCUCAAGAGCUCUUGAUAUGUUUGCGAACAUUGUGAUCAACUACGACAUGCCAGAACAUAAUGGAACAUUGGAUACAAAGUCAUAUUUGCUGCGUAUUGGACGAACUGGACGGUAUUUCAAAAAUGGAGUCGCUUUGACUUUUGUCAAACCUUCAUACAAUGAUUUUACUGUGUCGAUUAGCUCACACUAUGGCGUUAAAGUUAAUUCAUUGUGA